AUGUCGACGGCCGCCACGAAGAAACCACCCGCGACGGGUCGGGACCCAACUGCGCCGGCCUCCUCGUCACCGUCGCGAGGUACCGCAAGGGCAUCUACUCCGACUUCCACUGCUGCUGGUACCGGUGGCGUGGCACGAACACGAUCAGUCCGGGGCGGAACGCCUGUGUCCGCACGCGCAGCUGCAGGCCAGCGAAGAGAGUCGCCGCUUGCAUCGACCACCAAUGCGAAUAUUGAGGCGGAAGAAGCUGCUCGCGCUGAGACCGUGGCUCUUCUCGACGAUUUGAAGGAGCGCUUGGUGAGAGCUGAGGGCGCUUCCGAACAGUAUAGGAAACAAGCGGAGAUACUACAGAGCAAGCUCGAUGAGGCAAUCAAGGAGCAGGCGAAGCUGGAGGAGAAGGUACACGAGAGCGAGGAGCAGAUCGAGGCUCUGAGGAAUGAGAAACGUGAGGCGACUAGGCAAAUUCGCGAGAUGGAAGCCAUUUACGAAGCCGAACGAAGUUCUAUGGCCAAAGAGAAAGAAGAGAUGGCAAAUCGCGAGGAAGAGAUGCAGAUCGUUAUCCAGCGACUGAAGGACAGCCUCUCACAAAGAGCCAAUAAUGACGAUGAUGGCCGGCCGUCAAGACAGUCGAACAACUCCCCUAGCAUCGACAAUGGUAGCUUCGCUCCACCAUCAUCUCUACAACGCAGCGAUUCGCGGAAUAACUCGAAGCUUAUUCUGCAGAAAGACAAGUUGAUUGAGUCUUUGCGGCUGGAACUCGCAGAGGCCCAGAUCAAGCUUGUAGAGUCGGAAAACCAAGGCGGCGGUAGGCUGCAUGAGGUUGAGCGGCUCCUGAUGGAAGCUCGCAUGGCUAACGCACGUCUUAUGGAAGACAACGAGAGCUAUCAAUUGCUGCUCCAAGAAAAGACGCUCAAUGGCGACUUCGCUAAGAGCGACUUCGGCUACAUGAGCGGCGCCCACUCGAACGAGGACGCACUGGCUGCUCUCGAGGGCAAGACAGGCGGCACGAGCCUCGCGGACGAGCUGUCUGAAGCAGCUGAGGGUGAGAGCGAGAAUUAUCGGCGCUUGGAGGCCGAGCUACGGGCGGCGAAAGAUUCAAAUAAGGCGCUUACCCUGUAUAUCAACAAGAUUAUCGAACGCCUACUCCAGCACCAGGAGUUUGAGCACAUCCUUGAUACAUCUACCGAGAUCAAGUCACCGACUGCGAAUACUAACAAAGAGCUUCCGCCUCCUCCGCCACCCAAAGAUCAAGCAGCUACAGGUCCAUCACUACUGCAGAGGGCGAAAUCGAUUGCUAUCGGUGCAGGUGGCCCGAAACCGAGACCAAGACCGAUGUCCGUCAUGCCGAGUAGCACUGCGCAUAACAACCCAGAGACGGCACCGAGCAUUCCCAUCGGCCUCACCCGCUCGAGCUCAACUAGACGAACUCGACCUAUGAGCGAGCAGUUCACCGGUGGAGCCGCGCAGGUCGUCAACCAGAUGUACAAGGGCUCCGACGGGCCCCUCUCCCCCGGACUACGAUCUUCGCAGACAUUCUUCCUACCUUCAGGAAACCGUGUUCCCAGCGGAACAAAUGUGCCCAUGAGCACCAGCGGCAAUUUCCCAGGAAUGAAGAGCGAGACGUCGAGCACGAGCGGAGACUCGCUUGCUGAUGGGCCUAACUCUCCCAACACGAGCCCUCCCAGGUCCAAUCACCACGAGAAGACGACGACCUUUGCAGGCAACAAGCCGCGGCCACUCAGACUGGUGCAGGAGAACCCCGAGGCCAUGCAGCAGAACGCCAAUAAGCGGGCGAGCUGGAUUGGUGGCUGGUGGGCAGGUGCUGGGAAGAAGGAGGAAGCUACACCCGCGGGCGAGGCUAUUAGGGAGUGA